AUGUCCGCAUCAUUCUCGGCCACGUUCUCAACAAUGAGCAGCUACAUCUACUAUCCCGCAUUGGUGCCCGUCGCCCACGAUCUUGGAGUGUCCGUUGCGUUAGUCAACCUGAGCGUGACGACGUAUCUCAUCGUGGCGGCGAUCGCCCCUGCAUUCAUGGUUUUGUUCGUCCUAAUGAUCUCUGCCAACGCGGGAGAUUGCCCUCCAAACAUCAUACGCCGCUCUCCUGGUACUUCGUAUGCUCCAGAGUGCUGGUGCAUCAGCACUGGUAGCAAUUACAUACGGAGUUAUCGCCGAUAUCACAGAAUCUAA